AUGAGCUGCUGGCGGAUCGCUGACGAGAUGCCGACGAAGCUUGUCGUCACAGCCGCGAUCGAGCGCUUCGCCAACGGUCCCGCCAACCCGGCGCAAGUCGAGCGCAUCACGACGUACCUCGCCGAUCGCAACUGGUUUACCCACGCCGCCGACCUUCGCGUUGCGAUUGCCAAUGAAGCCCAGUGGAAGCUGAUGGAGCUCCCGAUUCGCCUCAAGCUCGCGCUCGAAGAAGUGCUGGGCGAGUGGGACACGCUUCAACCCGCGCCCGAGACGUCGUCGAUUGGUGUCCCUGUUGCGCAAGCGGUCGCGAAUGGAAGCUACAGUGCGAGCUAUGCGUGGGUGUGUGUCUCGUGUGGCACCGAGAAUCAGUUUGAAGACUCGUUUUGCGUCACUUGCUGCGAACACUACUCGAUCUCGGUGCCCGACGCUGGCGCGCCGUCCGCCCCCGAGUUUGACGCCUCCAUGGCGGUGCCACUGGACGUGGGCUGCAGCGCGGCGGACCUGCCCACACCGUAUAUUGCAAGCUCGGCGAUGCCAUUACCCCCCGCGCCAGCCGAGUACUACUAAUGCCAUAGGAGAGCAUCAUCCCGGUGCCAGCGCUCGACCCGGAAUCGGAGCGGUUCAAGGCGCUGGCGUUUGCAAACCACCCACCGUCCCCCGCCUACGUUUAAUAAGACGAAAUAAGAUCUGAUGUA